UUUUUCUCUCCUGCAGCUCUUCUUCCACUCUGAAUCGCCUCCCUCUCCUCUUUCCUUCGUCCGCCGCUUCCUCUCCGUCCUCCGCUCUCUUCUUUCCCUGGAGAAGGCCACCUACAAGGGAGGGGAGAAGGAGGCGGCGGCGAAAGACAGGGUCGUGUCAUCGGCUUCCCAUGCGGCGGACCACUAGCAUGAUCGAGUUCGAAGCCGACGCCGUUCUCGAAGACGUAGAGAUCCUCCAACCUCCUCCCGAAGAGGAUUAUAUCGAUUGCGUCGUCCUUCCACCACAGGAAAGGGGGGAGAGUUCACCGGAAGCGAAGUACCUGGCGAUGCAGGCGCACGUGGGCGGGAGGCGCUGGAAGAACUCGGCCGACCUACCGGCGGUGGAAACGGCGCCCUUCCUCGCCGCAUGCGGCCUCUGCAAGCGCCGAAUAGGGCCUGGCCGGGACACCUUCAUGUACAGAGGCGAUAUUGCGUUCUGCAGCCUCGAAUGCCGUCAGCAGCAGAUAACACAGGACGAACGCAAGGAGAACUGUUUGGUGACUUCCGCCAUGGUCAAGGUCAUGGAUAUCUCCAGUGUUGGGACCAGUGGAACCGAGCAAUCUGCAGGUGAUGGUGAAAUGGUCGCCGCAGCAUAAUCUUUAGAAACUCGAUCUCGAAUCACCAACCCAUAUUCGAUCACUUCUAUGUAUGUUCUUCCAGCAACAACAAUUUCCAGAUGUGCUUGCUAAUCUAUCUUUGGAUGUUAAUCAAUUAUGCGAGGUAAUCAAAGCUUUAGAAUAUUAUCGUCUUGUUCA